CAACAACUUCAAGAAUCGAUUAAUUCAUAUAAUUUAGAGAUAGAUUUUAAAACAAAAGUUCUCAAAUUGAUUAAUAAACAAUUUGAAUUUGCUUUUUAUCCUACAAUAGUAAUUACAAAUCUUUUAGAUUUGAAACAAAAUGAUUUAGAAGAUAUUAUUAUCCCACAACUUGAAAAUACUUAUAUAUUAGAAAUUGCAGCAUAUAUAAGUAUUGUAAAAGUAAUUGGUUUUACUAGAUUGUAA